AUGAGCUCACAGACAUUCUACGCAUCGAGUGCUCACUCGAGGCGUAUUCAGCCAGCACCUCGUUGCCGUGCAAAAGUUCAACUAAGCAAGGAAGCACGAGCCUUGCUGACAGCUUCUCGCCGCAAGAAAUCACAACUAUUCAAGACCGUGCUUGAUGAUGUGUGGACUAACAUUGACGAAUCCAUCAAGACGAUUGCGUCCUCUAAUUGCAAGAGCAUUCGUCGUGUCCAGCAGGACUUGCAUAUGGGUCAAGGGCUCUUGUGGACGAAGCAUGCCAAAUUGAGCAUGUGGAAUGUGUUCUGCUGGAAGAAAAAUCAGACCGCAGACGAAGAAAAUGGACUGUCUGGGAAGGCAGUCCUGCAAGACCUUGUCCAGGAGAAUCAUGCCGAGUAUCACGAACUCAAUGACGACGCGAAAGCUAGCAUUUUGAAGGAGUACGAGGAAUUCAAGGCCACAAAAACUACUGGCACUCAUAUAUCCACCAAAUCAAAGGUCAACGAUGUUACUCAGACCCUCAAGGCCGUCGAGAAUGAGUUAAAUAGCUUAAGAUCCCGAACAGGCACGGAAACGAUACUAUACACGACGUGCGGCUCUACUGACCUGCCACUCCGUGGGGUUGCCUUCGCAACACAUGGCAUUGAAAAUUUCAUGGAGUCCAUCAUGAACGUUGAUAAUCAAGAUCUUGUUGGUAAGAAGGAAGGUUUUGCAAUGAGCGGGAUAUGCGGUGCUGCUCAAAAUCAUCAAAAAUGUUGUUCCAAGAUUCGCGGCUCAAUCAGAAACUUAAUUAAUGGGGAACUCCAGAACAUCACCGGUGACCCAGAUGCAAAGAUGCAAUGGGUUCACUACUGGCGCAACAUUGUUCAGCGCUAUCUUGUUGUUUGCACAGGGUGGCCUGACAAAAUCCCCUUUGAGAACCUUAGCAAAGUGUCUAGCUCACUCGCCGACCUGGAGAUGCUCGAACGGAAAUGGAAGUCUGGAAAGAUCCACUGGAGACGGUUGGAGAAUGAGAAGUUUGAGCAACUUCAUCGCGAGCGAAAUGAAAAACUCGACAGCGGUGCAAUUAUUGAACAUUGUCAUCGGACCCACUCAGACAAGGGCAAGAAAUGCACUCGCACUCGUUCUCCUGAUGAGAACAAUGAGAACGCCGACAACGACGACAGCGCAAGUCACACAUCACCUGUGCCACCUGCCUCUGCUUCUGCAGGCAGUUCUACUCGGACCGAACCUUUGGCAUCUACUCCUGCCAGUGGGAAUGGACUCUCUCCCAACCCAGUUGGCGACAGCACAAGCUGCACAUCACCUGCACCACUGGCCUCUGCUUCUGCGGGCAGUUCUACUCAGAUUGAUCCUUUGGCAUCUGCUCCCACCGGUGGGAAUGGACCCUCUCCCAACCCAGUUGGUGAUAUGUCAUUGGAUUUUGAUCCUAAUCUCUUUGAUCCUACUCUCUUUGAUCCCACUGCCUUCGAUACUGUCCAAUGGACUCUGCGGUGA